CUCCUUCCGCCUACAAAUAGCGCCCGGUUAAUGGCACUUGCCCCAGUACACGCGUGCGCGCACACACCCCGCGCCAAGGGAACGACGCGGGUCCGCGACGUACGUGCGUGCGACAGCCGGCCGGCCAUGUCCACGGAGGCGCUGCUGGCCGCUUCCGGCGGCGGCGGCGGAGGGGGAGCGGCGAGCCGGCGCCUGAGCAUCGACAACGCGCUGGCGGAGCACGCGGGGGAGUUGGGGCGGUGGCAGCUGCGGCACUUCGUGCUGGUGUCGGCGGCGUGGGCGCUGGAGGCGCUGCACACCAUGGUCAUCAUCUUCGCGGACCGGGAGCCGGCCAUGCGGUGCCCCGCGGGGGACGGGCGGUGCGGCGACCGGUGCGCCGGCGCGGCGGCCGGGUGGGAGUGGGCGCAGGGGAGCGCGUCGUCGACGGUGGCCGAGUGGGGCCUGGUCUGCGGCGAGCGGUACAAGGUCGGGCUCGUCCAGGCCAUCUUCUUCGCCGGUUGCAUGAUCGGCGCCGGCGUGUUCGGGCACCUGUCAGACUCGUUCCUGGGGCGGAAGGGCUCCCUCCAGGUGGUCUGCUUCCUCAACGCACUCUUCGGCCUGCUCACCGCGCUCUCCCCCAGCUACAGGGUCUACGUCGUCCUCCGCCUCCUCACGGGCUUCAGCACCGGCAGCAUCGGCCUGUGCGCCUUCGUCCUCGCCACGGAGCCCAUCGGGCCCUCCCGCCGUGGCACCGCCGGCAUGUCCAGCUUCUACUUCUUCUCCGGCGGCAUCGCGGCCCUCGCCGGCGUCGCCGCGAUGUUCCAGUCCUCCUGGCGCCUCCUCUACGUCGUCACCUCCCUCCCCUCCCUCGUCUUCGUGCUCGCCGUCAUGCCGUUCGUGUCCGAGUCGCCGCGCUGGUACCUCGUGCGACGGCGCACUGACGAUGCCAUGCGCGUCUUGCGCGACAUUGCGGCUACCAACGGCCGGCGCAUCCCGGACGGCGUCACGCUAAAGCUUGAUGAUGAGGGAGAUGAUGUCACCGGCGGCAAGCAGAUCGAGGAGUCGCCGCCGUCGCCGUCGUCGUCGGGAUCGAUAUUGGACGUGUUCCGAUCGAGGACGACGCGGGCCAGGCUAGUGCUGUCCGUGCUCAUCAACCUUCUCUGCUCGGUGGUGUACUACGGGCUCAGCCUCAACGUCGUCAACCUCAAGACCAACCUUUACGUCAGCGUCGCCGUGAACUCGAUCGCCGAGAUGCCGGCCUACCUGCUCACCGCACUGCUCCUCGACCACUUUGGCCGCAAGCCACUCGGCAUCGGCACCAUGCUUCUCAGCGGCGUCUUCUGCAUCGCCGGCAGCCUCAUCGCCGGCGUCGGCGCCAUGAGGGUGGUGAGGAUGGUAUGCGGUGUGGUGGGCAUCUUUGGGAUGGCGGCGACGUACAACUUGUUGUUCAUAUACACGGCGGAGCUGUUCCCCACGGUGGUGCGGAAUGCGGCACUAGGGUGCACGUCGCAGGCAUCGCAGAUGGGUGCCAUACUGGCGCCAAUGGUGGUCGUGCUCGGGGAACGGGUGCCGUUUGCAGUGUUUGGCGUGUCGGGGAUCAUCGGCGGGCUGUUGGUGUUCUACCUCCCGGAGACGAUGAACAAACCCUUGUAUGACACCAUGGCCGGCCUGGAGGAAGGAGAGAAGACCCCCUUGAAGUAAGAGUAGGUAAGGUGCAGGGGUAACUCUGAAUUAUAUCAGUUUUCGCGUGUAUCUUUGUACUGAAAGACGUUGCCGGUAGAAAAUGUUUUUUUUUUGAAAGGGUAGAAAAUGCUUGUCGAUGGAGUGAAUCGCAAGUCGCUUCGUUUAUUUUCUUGUUCUAAGGGGUUUGUAGGUUUUUCUUUGGGAACAUACUGUAUUACUGUAGAUUAUUUCACAUGUUGGUAAAUCAAAGGAAUGUUUUUCUCCAA